AUGGAACAGUCCAGUCACGACGUCGCCCCAUUGAACAUCGUAAAGGGGAGAGCGCGUCCGCCAGUACCUCACCUCAACUUCUCGUCAAGCAGUUCGACCGCCACAAUCGGUCGUACACAAGGACGAAUGACGCCUCCAACAACUCCUCACGCCUCAGAAGACGUCGUCAUGUCCGAGUCUGUCGAAGCUGGUCGUCCUAUAUUUCACAACUACCUUCGCGCAUUCUACCCAUUCCACCCGUCAGGUGCCGUAUCGCCCUCGACAGUCACUCUUCCAUUGAACCAAGGCGACAUUAUUCUAGUCCACUCUGUCCAUGUCAAUGGCUGGGCCGAUGGCACUCUCCUGGAGACUGGUGACCGGGGAUGGCUUCCUACUAACUAUUGUGAAGCUUACGACCAAAUACCUAUGCGUCCACUUUUGAAAGCUCUGACAGAUUUCUGGGAUAUCAUUCGAGGCGGAUGCGGUACCUUUCUUCGCGACUUUGGAAAUCAAGACCUUAUGAGAGGUCUCAUUGCAGGAGUCAGAUUUUUACUGGAGAAAGCAGAGUGUUUGACCCGCGAAGCCCCACUAGUUCAACGAUAUGAUGGAUUACGUCGGAAUCGGAAGGCUCUGCUUGCGGAUCUUUCUUCACUAGUCAAGUCUGCCAAACGUUUGCAAGAAUUGGCUAAUGGUGCUCCCCGAGAUGAGGAAGUGGAACAGGUCCUGGAUGACAUGCUUCUCAAAUCCUUCAAAAUAGUCACUCGCGGGGUACGAUUUCUGGAUGUAUGGAACGAACAUGUCGGCCUUUCAAGAGCUAUCCUGGACCUAGAGCCCAAUGUCGAAGACACCUAUGGCUCACCAGUUCAAACUCCCUCAACCGAAUCGUUCUCCAUCUCUGAACGCAGCGCAACGGCCUCCACAGAAAGAAAUUGGAGUCGUCCCAUACAUAGCCAAGCUUCGAACUACGGAGAAAAUAGCGCGAACUCUGGAUAUACUCGACCCCCAUCAUCAAUCAAAUCAGACCGAGGGAACCGAAUCUCUGUUUCCCAUAGAGUCUCUUACACCGGACCUGCAGCCAGUCAGCGAAAUGCAGAUCUCGCUUCCGUGCGAUUAGGAGCGGCGUAUGAUGCUUUCCUAGGAGUUCUAGGAUCCUUCAUUGGCCUUCACUUGCAAUCACGAUCGUCAACGGAGCUAAUUGUGACUACGCAACAAUCUGUGACCUCCUGUCAGGUGCUUCUUAACCUUGUUGAGGCCAUUUGGGAGCAUGACUUCCAACGGUCUACAGAACUGGGAGAAGCCAAAAAUACCAUGUAUGACCGGAUCGGCGAGCUAGUUUACGCUGCCCGCGAUAUUUUCCGGCCCAAUUCAACUGGCGACGAAGUUCCCUUCAUGCCCGACGAGGGGAAGCGCUUAGUAAAUGCCGCCACAGAUUGUGUGCGAGGAGCUGGUAGUUGUGUACUGCUAGCUCGCGCCGUUUUGGAACAAAUCGGUGAUUUUGAGGUCGUUCUCCCCACAAACACACCAUCAAUCGCAGAAAAUCCGAGUGAGACACCCGAGAAAGUCGAUGUUGAAAUGGAAGACGCCGAACCCAAACCAUCCUCACUACGCUUGUUACCACCGCCAAUCUCGAUCCCCGAGCGCGACUUGGCUCCUGCUACUCCUGCUCUAACUACAGAUAUUACGCCGUCUUCAAUUCUAUCCAGUACCGACUUGCAAAGCCCCAAACUCGAUGUCGAUAUCAACAUUGCUCCACUUGUAAUGAGCGACAUUAGCCCAUCUGACUCGACGUAUCAAGACCAUGUUGCUCAAGAUGAAUCGCAAGCUCUCUACCGCUAUGAGACUCGAGGCACGACAAGUACUGGAAGCUCUUUCACAUAUAAGAGCACUAUUCGUGAUUCGGAAAUGAGCGGUGUAUCACAAACAUCGACACGAGCAACAUCUCCGGAUAUUGGCGGCACUGGCGAUAUUCGUUCCCUCAAGGAAAGCCUUAGCCGAUCAACUUUGGCUGAAGAGGCUGACGAGACGGAAGCCAACAUUUUAGGAAAGACCUAUGCUCAUGAGUUGAUGUUCAAGGAUGGUCAAGUAGUUGGUGGUAGUUUGAGAGCACUGAUUGAGAAGCUUACUGCUCACGAAUCUACUCCCGAUGCGUUGUUCGUUUCUACCUUUUAUCUUACCUUCCGCCUCUUCGCCUCGCCCAUGGAAUUUGCAGAAGCACUUGCCGAGCGAUAUGACUAUAUCGGCGAUACACCCAAUGCAGCCGGACCCGUUCGGUUACGAGUUUACAACAUCUUCAAGGGCUGGCUCGAGACUCACUGGCGCCACGACUGCGAUAUCGUCGCCCUCCCCUUCAUUAUUGAAUUUUCAAAGAACAAGCUGAUGGAAGCUCUCCCCAAUGCCGGAAAUCGACUUGUCGAGUUGGCUGAGAAGGUCUCGACUGCGGAUGGGGCUAUUGUUCCACGGCUAGUCUCCUCAAUCGGCAAGACAAACACAUCAAUCGCACAAUACGUGUCUCCCGAGACUCCACUCCCAGCACCAGUCAUCAGCAAGAGCCAGUUGAAUCUGUUGAAGCAGUGGAAGAACACAGGAUCAGCCAUCAGCAUCCUUGACUUCGAUCCAAUGGAGUUGGCUCGCCAGAUUACCAUCAAAGAAUCAAGGAUAUUCUGCUCAAUUCUUCCCGAAGAGCUUUUGGCUACCGAGUGGAUGAAGAAGAGCGGUUCAUUGGCUGUCAAUGUCCGCGCCAUGUCUACCCUUUCUACCGACUUGGCUAACCUGGUAGCUGAUUCUAUUCUGGAUAUGGUGGAACCCAAGAAACGAGCACUUCUUAUCAAGCAGUGGGUAAAGAUUGCCAACAAAUGUCUUGAAUUGAACAACUACGAUUCUUUGAUGGCUAUUAUCUGUUCAUUGAACUCCUCCACGAUUGUCCGACUGAAGAAAACAUGGGAGCUGGUGUCCCAAAAGACGAAGACAACUUUGGAUUCGUUGAAGGAAGUUGUUGAUGUUUCCCGAAACUACGCUGUUCUUCGCCAGCGUUUGCAAAACUGUGCUCCUCCAACGCUCCCUUUUGUUGGCGUGUACCUUACCGACUUGACCUUUGUCGAUCACGGCAACCCAGCUACCAGAAAUCUCCAAGACGGUGGCAUGACGGUUAUCAACUAUGACAAGCACGUCAAAACCGCCAAAAUCAUCAGCGAGCUUCAACGCUUCCAGAUUCCUUACCGUCUUGCCGAAGUUCCUGAGUUACAGACUUGGAUGCAAGACCAGUUCGUUCGAGUACGCUCGGGAGGCGAAAAGAGCUUCCAAAACUAUUAUCGACGAUCCCUUAUCCUUGAACCUAGAGAGAACCCACGAGCAGGCUCUACCGACGCAGCCGCACCCACUCCUUCGCGCGAGGUUACCAAAGACCGAUUCGAUUUUCUGACUUGGUCUCACAACUCCAAAGCCAAAACCGUGGCAACAACCAGUUAA